UCAAUAUUCAUUCAAUUCAAUUCAGUUCCCUCUCAAACCCACAUCAGCAUUAAUGGCUCUACAAGCAACAUCUUUCUCCGUUCACAAGACAAAUGCAUCUUUCAAGGAUUCAACCCUCUUCGGAGUUUCACUUUCCGACCACCGUCAACUCAGUUUCACCUCAUCGGCAUCAAGAACACGAAGCAAGGAAUUUGGAAGAAAAGUGUUGAGAAUCAAAACCCAAGCUGUAGCCACCACGACUCAGGCGCCGGCGGUGAGCAGUGCUGCACCGGAGAGGAAGAAGACAUUGAGAAAAGGCAGUGUGAUCAUCACCGGAGCUUCAUCUGGUUUAGGUUUAGCCACCGCUAAAGCGUUGGCGGAAUCCGGGAAGUGGCAUGUGAUAAUGGCGUGUAGAGAUUUUCUCAAAGCAGAACGAGCAGCGAAAUCAGUCGGAAUGUCUAAAGAGAAUUACACAGUGAUGCAUUUAGAUCUUGCAUCUCUCGACAGUGUUCGACAGUUUGUUAACAACUUCAAACAAUCCGGUAGACCACUGGAUGUUCUGGUAUGCAACGCCGCCGUGUAUCAACCAACGGCUAGAGAACCCAGCUUCACCGCCGACGGAAUUGAACUCAGCGUCGGCAUCAAUCAUCUCGGUCACUUCCUUCUUUCUCGAAUGUUACUCGACGACAUGAAACAAUCCGAUUACCCAUCAAAACGACUCAUCAUCGUCGGAUCAAUCACCGGAAACACAAACACUUUGGCCGGAAAUGUACCACCGAAAGCAAACCUAGGUGACAUGAGAGGUUUAGCCGGUGGUUUAAGCGGGUUAAACAGUUCCACCAUGAUUGACGGCGGGGAUUUCGACGGUGCAAAAGCGUAUAAAGAUAGUAAGAUCUGUAACAUGCUCACCAUGCAAGAGUUCCACCGGCGAUACCAUGAAGAAACCGGCAUCACAUUUGCAUCGUUAUACCCCGGUUGCAUUGCCACCACCGGGUUGUUCCGGGAGCACAUUCCACUUUUCCGGUUGUUGUUUCCACCAUUCCAGAAGUUCAUCACUAAAGGGUAUGUCUCCGAGGAAGAAUCCGGUAAACGACUUGCACAGGUUGUGAGUGAUCCAAGUUUGACGAAGUCUGGUGUGUAUUGGAGCUGGAACAAGGAUUCUGCUUCUUUUGAGAACCAGUUGUCUGAAGAAGCAAGUGAUGUGAGUAAAGCUCGUAAGGUGUGGGAGAUAAGUGAGAAGCUUGUGGGGUUGGCUUGAAUUCUUGAAGACUUCCAUUGAUGAAGAUAGGAAGGAAGGUCUGGUUGCAGCUUGCAAAGUUGCUAUGUGAGUGUAGGAAUUUGGCGAAUUUUAAGUUUUUCUUUUCCAUGUAAAUUUAGUGUAGUUUCAAUAAAGGGAAUCACUCACCUUC